AUGCUGGAAAGGUUUCUCAUAUUGCCAGGGCCAAGGGCCUUGUCGCAGUUCAGAGUCAACAAUUUGGUUCAGGAAAUUGAGAAAAAGCUCAACCAGCCCGGCAUAAUCGAGACGGUUGCAAAUCAGUAUACCCACUACGUGUCUUUGAAACAGCCGUUGAAUGCCAAACAGUUGGAGUUGUUGAAAAUCUUGCUUACUUACGACAAUCCCACUGAUGGGUCCGAGUUGAAUAAGCAGUUGGCUGCGUUGUCUACAGGCGCAGAGAGUCUUGAUUUGAGAUCAAACCCAGAUUUGGAAUUGGUUCAAAUAUUGCCUAGACCAGGCACAAUUUCUCCAUGGUCCUCAAAAGCCACCGAUAUCUCGCAAAUUUGCGGUCUUGGCGACUACGUUGAAAGAAUAGAACGUGGGUUAUCCUUGUUGAUCAAGUACAAAUCUGGAGAAGCGGUCCAAGUGCACGGCGACGCAUUGACCACGGUGUUUGACAGGAUGACCCAGACUUUGUACUUUAAUGCCAAAUUGCCGCAAUACGAUGACUUGUUUGCCCACCACAAGCCCAAACCACUCAUCAGCAUCGACCUUUUAGGCGACAGGGGAAACUUGCUCAAAGCAAACAAGGAGAUGGGAUUGGCAUUGGACGCGGGUGAGAUUGAAUACUUGACGGAGGCCUUCACCAAUGUCAUUGGCCGUAACCCUACAGACGUGGAGCUUUUCAUGUUUGCACAAGUCAACUCCGAGCACUGUCGUCACAAGAUAUUUAACGCAGACUGGACUAUUGACGGGGAAAAAAAGGACAAAUCGUUGUUCAAGAUGAUUAGAAACACCCAUGAAAAGAACCCGCAAUUCACGGUGUCUGCCUACUCGGAUAAUGCUGCCGUGUUUGAAGGUCCAGAUGGUUAUGUUUUCACUCCAGAUUUCCAAACCAAGCAGUGGAAGUCGAUCAAGGAAAAUGUGCAAACGUUGGUCAAAGUCGAGACUCAUAACCACCCCACGGCGGUAUCGCCAUUUGCUGGAGCUGCCACGGGUUCAGGCGGAGAAAUCAGAGACGAAGGUGCCGUGGGCAGAGGCUCCAAAUCAAAAGCGGGCUUGUCGGGGUUCACAGUGUCGGAUUUGAACAUCCCCGACUUGAAACAGCCAUGGGAAUUGGAUAUCGGUAAGCCAAACCACAUUGCAAGCUCGUUGGAUAUAAUGAUCGAGGCCCCCAUCGGCUCUGCUGCUUUCAACAAUGAGUUUGGAAGACCGGCAAUCAAUGGCUACUUCAGAACCUUGACGACCGAGGUUGAAAACGGUAAAGGCGAAAAAGAGAUUCGGGGUUUUCAUAAGCCAAUCAUGUUGGCAGGUGGAAUGGGUGCCAUUAGACCCGACUUGGCCUUGAAGAACCGCAAGAUAACACCAGGGGCCAAGUUGAUUGUUCUUGGUGGCCAAUCAAUGUUGAUUGGUUUAGGUGGAGGUGCAGCUUCAUCCAUAAGUUCUGGUGAAGGUUCGGCAGAGUUGGAUUUCGCUUCCGUUCAAAGAGGUAACCCCGAGUUGCAGAGAAGAGCUCAACAAGUCAUCGAUGCUUGUGUUUCCCUUGGUGUGGACGGCAAUCCAAUUCAAUCGAUCCACGAUGUCGGUGCAGGAGGUUUGAGUAAUGCGUUGCCGGAGUUGGUUCAUGACAAUGACUUGGGGGCCAACUUUGAACUCAGGUCAAUCUUGUCGUUGGAGCCAGGUAUGUCACCCAUGGAGAUUUGGUGUAAUGAAUCGCAAGAGAGAUAUGUCUUGGGUGUUGCACCAGAGAAUUUGGCCUUGUUUGCUGGUAUAUGCGAGCGUGAGAGAGCUCCGUUUGCAGUUGUUGGCGAAGCCACCGAGGAGCAGAGGCUAGUGCUCACAGACUCGUUGUUAAAGUCAACUCCAAUUGACUUGCAAAUGUCGGUAUUGUUUGGGAAACCACCUAAAAUGUCGCGUGUUGCCGUCACCGAGGAUUUGAAAUUGAGGCCAUUUGACAGCAACAACACUGAUACCUUGGACAUUGGCGAAUCCGUUUCUCGCGUGUUGCAGUUGCCUGCUGUUGGUUCCAAAUCCUUCCUCAUCACUAUUGGUGACAGAUUCAUUACAGGUUUGGUUGACCGUGAUCAAAUGGUUGGUCCAUGGCAAGUACCAGUGGCGGAUGUCGGUGUCACCGCCACCUCGCUUGGUGAAACCGUGUUGUCAACCGGUGAGGCCAUGGCGAUGGGCGAAAAGCCCACCUUGGCGUUGAUUUCAGCCAGUGCCUCCGCCAAGAUGUGUGUUGCCGAGUCGUUGUUGAAUCUAUUUGCCGCGGACGUUUCAUCGUUGCAGCACGUUAAAUUAUCGGCUAACUGGAUGUCGGCAGCUAACCAUCCAGGAGAAGGAGCUAAAUUGUACGAGGCUGUGCAGGCCAUCGGGUUGGAUUUGUGUCCCGACUUGGGCGUCUCGAUCCCAGUUGGCAAGGACUCCAUGAGUAUGAAGAUGAAGUGGGAUGACAAAGAGGUUACUGCUCCCUUGGCUUUGACCGUGACUGCGUUUGCACCAGUUGACGAUACAUCAAAGACAUGGACACCGCAACUUAUCCCCGUCAACGACACUGUUUUAGUGCUUGUGGACUUAGCCUCAAAAAACAAGAAAUCGCUUGGUGGCUCGGCGUUGGCACAAGUUUACAACCAAGUCGGAGACUCAGCUCCCACCGUGCACUCCAAUAAAGUGUUGAAAUCAUUCUUGCAGGCAUUGGUGGUGUUGCACAAGCAAUUCCCAGUGUUGGCCUACCAUGAUAGAUCAGACGGAGGCUUGUUGGCCACCGUUUUGGAAAUGGCCUUUGCCGGUAGAUGCGGUUUAGACCUUGCCUUGAGCAGUGGCGAAAAUCAAUUCACGGAAUUGUUCAAUGAAGAGUUGGGUGCCGUGUUCCAAAUCAAACUCCACGAUCUCAUAAAAUUCAAGGAGAUUUUGCAAACAAAUGGUAUUGAUGAAGACUUUGUCCAAGUCAUUGGAAAGCCAGAUUUCACUAGCCAGGCCAUCAGUAUUUCAUACAAUGGAGCGCCAAUCUACGCGUCGACUCGUGCUGAGUUGCAACAAUUGUGGAGCAACACCUCCUACCACAUCCAGAAAUUGAGAGAUAAUCCACAAACCUCGAAAGAAGAAUACGACGCUAUUGCAGACGACAAGGACCCCGGUAUCAGCUACCAAUUGACAUAUGAUCCAUCUGUACGCAAGGAGUACAAGACCAGGCCCAAGGUUGCCAUAUUGAGAGAGCAAGGUGUCAACUCCCAGCAGGAAAUGGCCUGGAGUUUCCAGCAGGCGGGCUUUGACGUGUACGACGUGACCAUGUCUGAUAUUUUAGAAUCAAGAGUCACCUUGGACGAUUUCGUUGGAUUAGCUGCAUGUGGUGGGUUCUCAUAUGGUGACGUCUUGGGUGCCGGUGCCGGAUGGGCCAAAUCGGUCUUGUUCAACGACAAAGCUAGAAACGAGUUUCAAAAGUUUUUCCAAGAUAGACAAGACACGUUUGCCUUUGGCGCUUGCAAUGGUUGUCAAUUCUUUAGCAGGAUCGCCGAGUUGAUCCCAGGAAGCGACCACUGGCCCACUUUCGAGCGUAACUUUUCAGAGCAAUACGAAGCUCGGUUCGUCAUGGUUGAAGUUGACUCAUCUGAGAAAAACAACUCCAUCUUUUUAAAGAACAUGAAGGGCUCCAAAUUGCCAAUUGCUGUUGCCCACGGCGAAGGCCGUGCCCAGUUCAAGUCGGCUCAAGACGAGGACAAGUUUGCGUUGGAUGUCAUCCAUUAUGUUGACAAUUAUGGCAAUGUGACUCAACAAUACCCAUUUAACCCCAAUGGUUCUCCGCAGGGUAUUGCAGGUAUCAGUUCAGCCAACGGCAGAGUGUUGGCAAUGAUGCCUCAUCCGGAAAGAGUCACGCGUAAGGAGGCCAACUCCUUCUAUCCUCCUGCGCAGGCUAAAAACUGGCAAGGAUACGGACCAUGGGUUGAGUUGUUUAAAAACGCUAGAGAAUGGGUCGGUGAUGUAUAG